AAAGAGCAGUUUGGUGCACCUUCUUUAGAGCACAAUGGAGUUAUUUUUAUGAUGAAUGUAAGAACUUUGUUCGGCUGACGUUCUUGAACGUUUUCGCUAUGACUAUUUCAAAAUUGAGAAAACUAAGCGCAGCCCAUUAUGUCAGAACGGAAUUUAGACAUUUAUUAUAACAAAUGCUACUUUUAAGAAAGCAAUUUGCAUGUUAUGUGUACAUCUGAGUCGUUAACUUAGGAGUAAUCUUUCUUUCUCAGUGAUUCAUUUAAAUUUAUCGCUGAUUUUAUUAGAUACACAUACAAGCAAACAGUUAAUAAGAGGCGACAGAAAUAUCAUCUCGGACGUCGAAUUCAUAUAAAUGUAAGCUAUUAGUCGUGGUUUUUCGCAGUAUUUGGGUAUUGCUGAAAGCUGCAACAACACAAACAGAAAUCGUAAAAAUGGCGCCAAAUAAUAACAAAAACUAUAACGCUGAUGAAUUGGAAGCACCUGUGUGGUUGAAUGAUGAGUUCUUCACCAAAGUGUUGCUUAGUUUCGAAACCGAUGCGAAGAAGUUGCAGCUAUUGAAGACGGAACUGUCGCCUGCUACGCUCAAAGGAGAUCAUUACGCGAGUGUUAUGUUUCGUGCCAUUGUUGAGUACGAGUGCGAUGGAAGGCACAAAACAAAAAAGAUGAUUAUGAAAACAAUGCCUUCGGCGGAUGGACACAAGAAAGACAUGUUUGAGGAGUCGACAAUAUUUGAAACAGAAAUUGACAUGUACACGAGGGUGAUACCGCGUUUCGAGCAGAUAUUACGAGACAUCGGCGAUGAUACAAUACUCAAGGCGCCCAUACUUUUUCAUGAGCUAAACCCCAGAAAGGUUAUAAUCUUUGAAGAUAUUGUACCGUUGGGUUAUGAAGUACUACGCGAACGUUAUGUCAAUAGUGAGGAGAUCAAGCAGGCCUACCUCAAGCUGGCCAAAUGGCAUGCCAUAAGCUACAAAAUAAAUUUAGAGGAACCGGAAUAUUUUGAAAACUAUCGCCAAGGUCUACUCUCGAUGCCCAAAAUCGAAGAAAAUGAAUUCAUGUCGCAAGGCAUAAGUCUUUUAAUCCAACAAUUGGAGACAAUGCCUGCAAUGCGCAACUUAGUACCACUUCUGCAAUCUAUUCGCGAAAAGCUAUUCAAAGGCGCCAUAGCCUCGUUUAAGGAAUACCAUGAAGCACGAAAAGGCAAUGCCUCUUAUGUGUUGUGCCAUGGUGAUUUCCACAGCAAAAAUAUGAUGUUUAAACACGAUUCGAGUUCAGGAAAAGUACUGGACGUGAUGUUAUUGGAUUAUCAGCUGUCUUAUGUCGGUCCAAUGAUCAACGACCUAAUUUACUCGUAUUAUAUGCUGCUGGAUUCAGAACAGCGUGAAAACUUUCCUCAGUGGCUGUAUUUCUAUUUCACAAAUUUCAAGGAAACCUUGCAAAAAAUUGGAUUUGAGGGACAAAUUCCGAGCUUGGUGCAGUUGCAUGAACAGCGAACGCAGCACAAAUAUUUCGAGCUCUUCCUGCUCAUCACAUUUCUACCUGCCUGGUUAGCUUUCCGUGGCGGUGAUACUGGCCCAGAUGAACUAAUGACGUGCAAUGACACCCGUAAGCGAAUAUAUGCUGGCCAAGAGUUCCUCGAAGAAUUGGAAAAGCGGCUGAUAAAAUAUCUACAUCUGGGUUAUUUUGAAGACAACUAAAGUUAUGAACAUUGUAUAUGCACUUGGUAUAAUACCUGAAGUAUAGAGUUAGUAGGUUAUUAUUACAAUACAUAACGUAAGUAAAUGUUUUUAUACAAUAAGGUGACCCGAAAACACCGUAGAAAAGUAGCAACGAAAAAAAGUUUAUGGAAACUGUAAGAAAUUUCAAAAUUACAGUAUUACUUAGUUAUAAUUAUAACGAAAAUUUAAGUCGAAUGUGAUGAAACUUCAAAAUCAAUAGGAUGUCUGGGUACACCAGCACUAGUUUAUUGCGCUAAUUAACAAUAUACCAGUUUAGGAAUAAGCAAUUUGAAAGUGAUAUUUAUUUAUAUACGAUAAUUGCUAAUAAUGGUAAAAUAUGAUAAUUUUUAAAGAUUUAAAUCAA